GCUACUUCUUCGGCUUUGCCUAUCCCUGCUGAGGCCGCUUCCAUACCCGUCUCAUCAAUUGAUCUUACUCUCGAUACUGAUCGCACCCCCACCCCUGCUGAUCUGCUAGUUACUUUUGAUGCUUCUAUUCCUUCUACUGCUAGUCUGCCUACCAUACCAGAAACCAAAGCUCCAAUUCCUGAUCCCCCAAUUAAUCCAAAGAUAGUUAUUCCUUUUUUCAUCGAGAUCAUUGUUCUGCAAGUUGCAUCCCUUCCUCGACCAAUUGAUGUCGAUCCUGAAGAGAAAACAACUAAAAUGAGGCAACUUGAGUCUCCUGAUCGGUCACAGAAUCUUUUUCGGCCCAUACUUCGGGCAAAGGGUAGAGAAAUUUCAAUUAGAGACUCAGCUACUGAGGACAUGAAUGUGGUAGUGGGGAUUGCCAGGAGCGUGAUUCUGCCUUAG